AUGAAUCGCAGGGACGAAAUUGAGCCGUCUGACCCCAAUGCUCCUUUGCUCCCUUCCGAGCCACGGGUAGACCAUGAACCCCAACAUGAAGGUAGCAGGAGGCUGAAGCCUACUACCAACUCGGAACAAACAAACGGGUGGUUUAUAUACGCUCUGACCUUCUCCGCAGGCAUAAGUGGGUUGUUAUUUGGUUACGACACAGGUGUCAUUUCCGCAACCUUAGUAUCGAUCGGGUCCGACCUCUCUAACCAUCGUCUAACGACAUUGGACAAGAGUCUCGUGACAUCCUGCACCAGCCUGUUCGCUCUGAUUGCGAGUCCGCUAGCGGGAAUCCUGGCAGAUAAAUUCGGUCGCAGAAAGGUCAUUCUCGUUGCAGACGUGCUUUUCACUCUUGGCGCUUUGAUACAAGCUGUCACAAGCGCAGUAUGGGGCAUGAUAGCUGGAAGAAGCAUUGUUGGCCUGGCGGUUGGUGGAGCAAGUCUGGUGACUCCAUUAUAUAUAUCCGAGUUGGCACCUUCUCAUGCUAGAGGAAGGCUUGUGACGAUACUGAGUCUUUUUAUUACAGGCGGACAAGUCGUUGCUUAUAUCAUCGGCUGGUUAUUCUCCUCUGUAUCUGGGGGCUGGCGCUAUAUUGUUGGCCUUGGAAUGCUCCCAGCAGUUUUUCAAUUUUUCAUAGUUCUAGCUCUUCCAGAAACCCCUCGGUGGCUGGUCCAAGCAGGGUUUGAAGAGAAAGCUACGAAAGUCCUCUCCCGGGUCUACGGGAGUCAUUCCGACAGUGGCCUCAUGGCUAAGCAGGUUAUGCGUGAUAUCCAGCAAGAAGUGGCUGAGGAGGAGGAAGAGUUGACUCAAACCAAUAAGCCCUCCACAGGGAAUUGGCAGUGGCUGACGAACGUUACGCAGUGUGCUCGCCACUUAAUCCUCGUCGGUGGUAAUCGGAGGGCGUUGAUUAUAGCGGUUAUGCUGCAAGCCACACAACAAUUGUGUGGAUUCAAUAGUCUCAUGUAUUUCUCGGCGACAAUUUUCUCCAUGCUGUCGUUUUCAUCACCAACACUCGUGUCAUUGUCGGUGGCGUUGACCAAUUUCUUAUUCACCUUACUCGCAUUUGCCUUUAUCGAUAGGAUUGGUCGGCGCCGCAUCCUCCUGUACUCAAUGCCAGUGAUGGCUCUCUCACUCAUUGCUUGCGCUUUUACGUUCGGCUCAGUCGAAAUGCCGAACCCCGAGUCAAGGGUACGAGCGGAAGAUGCCACAAUUGAUAGCGCUUUCCUUCCUAUUGUUAUCUUGAUAUGCCUCACCGUUUAUGUGGGAGCUUAUGCAUUCGGGCUUGGAAACGUGCCCUGGCAGCAAUCAGAGCUCUUCCCCUUGAAUGUGCGCUCCUUGGGAUCAGCCUUGGCUACUGCCACGAAUUGGGGGUCAAACUUCGUUGUCGGUCUAACUUUUCUGCCUAUGAUGGAAUGGCUCUCACCUGGAUGGACAUUUGCGGCCUAUGCGGCCGUAUGUGUGUUCGGUUGGUUUGGUGUAUACGCUAUCUAUCCCGAGAUGAGCGGGCUUCGCUUGGAGGAAGUCAAGGAACUUCUAUCAGACGGCUGGGGUGUUCAGGAAAGUUUAAGAAGACGUCGUGGUCGUCCCGAUGUGAGCUAA